AUGACCGGGGCAUGCUGGAAAUUCCGCCGGGACCCUCUUUACACGCACCCCUGUGUACAGGAGACUCGCUGGAAAGGCUCGAAGUCAAGGGAAUUAGACGAUGGCUACAAGCUCAUCUACCACGGCACAUCAAAUCGCAAUGGCGUUGGUAUCAUAUUCAACGAGUCGUUUAGAAAUAGCGUCACAGCGGUGGAUCGACUAUCGGACCGCUUGAUGGCUGUAAAAGUAGAUACAGGAGAAGUGGAAUUGCGAGUCGUCUCUGUUUAUGCGCCACAGGUGGGCUGUAGUGAGGAAGAGAAGGGGUGCUUUCGGGAAGAUCUGGAGCAGUACGUCCAAUCCCAGGAAGGCGAAGAAGUACUUCUAAUCGGAGGGGACUUCAACGGACAUGUCGGUUCUCGGGAAGACGGGUUCGAGAGCUGUCAUGGUGAAUACGGUUAUGGAGCUCGUAACGACGACGGGUUGCGAAUCCUGGAGUAUGUUGUUGCAAGUGACUUGAUCAUUGCUAACACGCAGUAUCGGAAAAGAGAAUCGCAUUUGAUCACGUACACCAGCGGCGGUCGUGAAACACAAAUAGAUUUCUGGAUGUUACGCCGACGAGAUCGCCGACUUUUGCAGGAUUCAAAAGUCAUCCCUACAGACCAUAUCGCUGCCCAACACCAUCUGCUCGUUAUGGACUUGAAAAUCUCCCGUCCAAGGAAGAGACAUCCAAGGACUGAAACACAGCGCAUCAAAUGGUAG